AUGGGUCUGAGAGGCCAACAGCCAAACGCAAGUUUGAAACUGCCGCAGCUUUGGGCGCAGGACAUUGUGCAGAGCGCUGCUGAUUCGGUGCUGGAGACACUCAAAAACGAGGGGAUGAAAGAUUUCGACAAAAAGAAGGAGAUUGAGGAGGUCACUGGUCCCAUCCCGAGUGAGCAGUUCUCACAGCUUGUCAGCCUUUCAAAGAAGAUAACGGAUUACAACGCUGAAGACGAGUCAAUGGCCGAUCACGACAUAGAGAAGAAGGACGCUGAGAUUGAUGAGGGAGUUGGAGUAGCUGUCAUCUUCGACGAGGAGGAGCAGGAGGAAGAGGAAGAGGAGGGCUUUGAGAUUGUUGAAGAAUCGUAG